GUGAGCAUGAGCGUUGAAGCGGACAAGACGCGCGCCGAGGCGCUGCUGCUACAGACCAUCGGAAGCGAGGGGUCUGUGGCCGACACGUACGAUUUUUCCUUAUCCAAUGGUCUGUCGCACGAGCUGGUGGUUGGUGUCAUGAAGUCGCUGCUGGUGGACGCCUUUGUGGCCGACACAGAGCGCUCCACGUCGUUCUACGUGCUGAAAGACGAAGCCAACAGCUUCUUGGCUCAGGGAUCGCCCGAGAUUCAAGUCUUUCACGCAAUUUCCGCUGAGGGCGUCGACCGCAAGACGCUGGAGGCCGCAGUGGGCGCCGCUACACUUAAGGUUGGACAGGGCGCGUGUAUGAAGAACAAGUGGAUCCGCUUAGACAAGGCGGAUGGCAAGUUCUACCGCAAUGUGGACGAUGUCAAGGACGAGGUCACGGAGAUGCUCCGUCGAGUUCAACAGGCGGACGGCGCGCUCUCCGCUGUCUCCAAGGACGAGGCCAACACGCUCAAGCGCCGCAAAUUGGCCGAAGUGCGUACGCGUAAGUCGUACACGCUGACGAAGGGCGUGAACUUUGCUCUUCAGAGAAAGAAACAAGCAGCAGGAUUGACCAAGGAGAUGCUGGACGGUGACGCGUGGAAGAAGGAGACGUUCAAGCCCUACAACUUCAAGACGAUGGGUCUGACUGUUGGCGGUGGCCACCUGCACCCGCUCAUGAAGGUGCGCGCCGAGUUCCGUCGCGUGCUCAUGGACAUGGGCUUCCAGGAGAUGCCGACCAACCGCUUCGUAGAGAGCAGCUUCUGGAACUUCGACUCGCUCUUCCAGCCGCAGUCGCACCCUGCCCGGGAUGCCCACGACACGUUCUUCCUCACUCAGCCCAAGUACUGCCUGACGGUGCCCGAGGACUACUACAAGCGCGUCCACGACAUGCACGAGAACGGAGGCUUCGACUCCAUUGGCCACGGCCGUGGUGCCUUCAAGCGCGAGACGUCUAUGACGAACAUCCUGCGUACGCACACGACCGCCAUCUCGGCUCAGAUGCUACACAAGCUCGCCAACCAGCCCGGCGGCUUCACCCCGCAGAAAUAUUUCUCCAUCGACCGUGUGUUCCGUAACGAAAGCAUGGACGCGACCCACUUGGCUGAGUUCCACCAGGUCGAGGGUGUGGUGGCAGACUACGACCUGUCGCUGGGUGACCUCAUCGGUAUCAUCAAGGCCUUCUUCAUGAAGAUCGGCAUUACGCAGAUGCGCUUCAAGCCGGCCUAUAACCCGUACACGGAGCCCAGUAUGGAGAUCUUCGCCUUCCACCCGGACCUUAAGAAGUGGACUGAGAUUGGUAAUUCGGGUGUGUUCCGUCCGGAAAUGCUGCGUCCCAUGGGUCUUCCCGAGAAUGUACGCGUUAUCGCCUGGGGAUUGUCACUGGAGCGCCCCACAAUGAUCAAGUACCGACUCAACAACAUUCGGGACUUGUUCGGCCACAAGGUUGAUCUCGAACAAACGCGAUCGGCCAAGCUUUACCGCUACUAGAGGUAGAGACGGAUACAGGAGCUUGAUUUCAGUUAGAAAGCCAUGGAACGAUUCACUGUCUGAAUAAAGACGAGAGAGUGAGUGCAUUUC